AUGACUCUCGCCCAAAACCACUACGUGAUACAACUCCCCGUAACCCCCCUAACAAUCGGGGCACUAAGCCCCCGCGACAUCGCCCAGCAAUGGCUCGCGAACCUGGAGAUCCAACUGGGCACAUCGCCAGUCUCCCAGGUCAAGCUUUCAGAGCUCUUUCACAAAGACUCCUGGUGGCGCGACAUGCUAGCUCUAGACUGGGACUUUCACACCAUCCACACCGUCUCCGAGAUCGAGCAGUGCAUCAGUCGUAACCAGCCACGGGCCUGUCUCACGGCCUUCCGUCUCCAGCACGAGGGCAGGUUCCAGCCUAAGAUCGAGAAGCCGGUUGAGGGGUUACGGUGGAUCUCAUCGAUGUUCUUCUUCGAGAGUCGGGUGGGACGCGGCACGGGCGUGCUGCGUCUGACGCAGGACGAGGCCGGUGUGUGGAAGGCGUACUCGCUCUAUACGAGUUUGCAGGAGUUGAAGGGCUUUGAGGAACCUCUGGGUCUACGAAGGCCUGAGGGACUAUCGAGUCGAUGCCGGGGAGUCGAGGAGCCUACAGCGCUCCUGGUUGGUGCUGGACAAGCUGGUCUCAACAUGGCCGCUCGGUUGCAAUCACUCGGGAUCUCAUGCCUCAUAGUCGACCGCAACGAGAGAAUCGGUGACAACUGGCGGAAGCGGUACAGAACCCUUGUGACGCACGACCCGGUAGAGUUCACACACAUGGCCUACCUCCCCUUCCCUCGGAAUUGGCCCCAGUUCACCCCCAAAGACAAACUCGCAGAUUGGUUCGAAGCCUACGCCAGCAUCAUGGAGCUGAACGUAUGGCUCAAGGCAAGCGUCAAGUCGGCCGUCUACGAUGACGCCAAGGCCCGGUGGACGGUCACCGUCGCCCGCGGUGAUACCGGUUCGGAGCGAGUCCUCCAUCCCCGGCACAUCGUCUGGUGCACCGGUCACUCGGGGGAGCCCAAGAUCCCCACUUUCCCGGGCCAGACGCAGUUCAAGGGGACGGUGUAUCACGGUAGCCAGCACCACGAUGCAUCCGACUAUGACGUGAAGGGAAAGAAGGUGGUUGUUGUGGGGACCGGAAACAGCGGCCAUGACAUCGCGCAGAACUUCUACGAGAACGGAGCGGACGUGACCAUGCUGCAGCGCAGCGGGACGUAUGUCAUCACAGCGGCCAAAGGGGUAUUGAUGCAGCACGAAGGGCUGCACGAGGAGAACGGACCACCCACAGAAGAAGCAGACAUCAUCUCCGAAUCCCUCCCGUACCCGGUAAAGUUCGCUCUAGACGUGCACUUCACGAAACGCGCCUACGAAGCCGAAAAGGAUAUCCUAGACGGCCUCAAGGCCGCCGGCUUCGAGCUCGACUUUGGCGUUGAUGGGGCUGGUAUAUCCCGCGCGUACAUGACCCGUGGUGGAGGCUAUUACAUUGACGUCGGCUGCAGCCAGCUCAUUGCUGACGGCAAGGUCAAGAUCAAGAGGAGUCCAGAGGGGAUAGCCGGUUUCAAUGACCGUGGCCUGCUCCUGAAAGACGGGAGCGCACUAGACGCAGAAAUCGUUGUGCUGGCGACGGGAUACGAUAACAUGCGAACAACUGUGCGCAAGGUAUUGGGCGAUCGAGUCGCAGACAGGUGUAGGGACGUCUGGGACUUGGAUGAGGAGGGUGAGAUCAAUGCGAUGUGGCGACCAAGUGGCCAUCCCGGAUUCUGGUUCAUGGGCGGAAACUUGGCCCUGUGCCGGAUCUAUUCCAAGUUCCUUGCGCUGCAGAUCAAAGCCAUUGAGGCGGGUCUUGUGUCACAGGAUAUAGUCCUUGCCAAGCUGUGA